AUGGCUCCCAUAAGGGGCGGACCCAAACAAAAAUUGUUUCGGAAUAAACAAGUAUCUCAAUUUGCUAAAUUGAUUGAAGAGGGUCAGAUAGAGACUGGUAGUGGAUUAAAUCAAGAAUCGUCUAUUACUAAAGCGGGUGACACUCAUUGGGGUUCCCACUUUAGGACUUUCACUACUUUGAUGAUUAUAUAUGGUGCCAUUAUUGAGGUACUUGAAGAAGUCGAAAAAGAUACGUCAUUUAAAAAAUAUGGUGAAAAUAUGCUUUUGCUAUAUGUGCUUGAGUCCUUUGAUUUUAUUUUCAUGUUAUACCUGAUGGUUGAGAUUUUAGGAUUUACAAAUGAUUUAAGUAUAGUGCUACAAAAGCGUGAUCAAGAUCUUUUGAAUGCUUUAUCACUUGUCAAAGCCACCAAAGAAGAAUUACAAGAAAUGAGGAAUGAUGGAUGGGAAGAACUUAUAUCUAAGGUUAUGGAAAUUUACAAUAAGCAUGAUAUUGAUGUGCCUUAUUUGGAUGCACUGUAUGUGCAAGGGAAGAAACUUAGACGACAUGCUACCACUUCUAGUGUUUUUGAUUUGCAUCAUUAUAAGCAUGAUUAUUUAUUUAGUGUUUUGGAUUUGCAGUUGCAUGAGCUCAAUGAUAGAUUUGAUGAAGAUACUACUGAACUUUUACAAUAUGUUUCAUGUUUGAGUCCCUCAUCAUCAUUUGAAGCUUUUGAUGUGAAAAAAUUGUUGAGGAUGGUUGAACUUUAUCCAAAUGAUUUUGUAGAUGUGCCGGAAGUGGUGGUGCGACAUCAGCUUCAGAAUUAUGUUAGAAAUGUUCGAUGUGAUCCAAAAUUUGUAAAGUUAAAAGGACUUUCAGACCUUUGUGCAAAGCUUGUGGAAACAAAAAAGUGCAACACAUUUGAUAUAGUUUAUAGACUUCCGAAGUUGGCUUUAGUCUUGCCGGUAGCAACUGCAAGUGUGAAACGUGUUUUUUCAGCUAUGAAAUUUGUGAAGAGUCAGCUAUGUUACAAAAUGGGUGAUCAAUGGUUAAAUGAUCGUCUUGUAACUUUUAUAGAAAGAGAUGUUCUUGGAACAAUCAACAAUGAUGUUAUUUUAGCUUAUUUUCAAAAAAUGGAUAGUAGACGAUUUUCAUUGUAA